UUAAUGUAAAUUUCCAAUAUAUUAACUUUUUUUAAUGUUUACUAAUACGUAUAUAAAUAUAAUUACAGUCAAAUUGCGUGUGGACAAAUGUAAAAGUCAAACUGUUGCAACUUUUAUGGAAUAGGGGAUAAUACAAUGCAUCAAAAAAUCAAAACAACUAUCUAAGCUAGCAUGCUAAACUAAAAUAGUAUCUACCGUAUCCACCCCCACACCCCCUCCCCUCUCACCUUACAGUAGGGAGGAAGAAGAGGGAUAAUUUUUUCAGAAGUCAAAACGGCACGCGACAGGCCCCAGCUCAAAUCAUAAAGAGUCAAGUAACCAAACUGGACUGGCCCAUGAAGGGCCAGCCCAUAAACAAGUCAAAACAUGUCAAGCAACUCAAAAGAAACAUCUGCUAGGCCAUGAAACUAAUGAAAGCCCAGACCCAACGCAAAAAAUGCAUCAAGUAGUCUUUCCAGCGGACAGCCCAAAGCAGGAAUCAUCAGGCCCAACCGCGGUCCACAUGCAGCCCGUUAGGGUUUCCCAGCAGCCCAGCAUCCGACUCUCUCUUGUCCCUCAGCGCCGCAACUUGGAUUCAAAAUUCAAACAAAAAAGGACAGUCAAACAUCAAAGGACAGGCAGUCCAGUCUGACCUGUCCACCUGUCAUCAUCACGCAACCCCCCCCCCCCCCAUCCCUUCCACCCCACCUGGCCUGGCAACCCCAGGUUUUCUGGUGAACGGCAACCGAAGGGCAAAAGAAACCAACCGGUAUAAAAGCUGCCAAACCGAGGUCCCCCAUCUCACCCCCACCCCCGUCAAGCCCCGGCAGCCCUCAACGGCAAUGGUGGAAGCAAGCUUGGUUUCAACAGUAGCCGGAACUAGUAACGUCAGGCAGAAACAAUUCCCGGUGAGGCGGUCGUCUUCUCCGGCGAAACCUGGCCGCUUUCCUCAGUUUUCAUCCAAACAAACAAAAAUCAUAACUGGGAAAAUUCAACCAGUUGGUUCUGUAUCCGCUCAGCACCUUCCGAUUAUCCUCACCGGCAAACACCAAGAACCCUGCCUACGAUCAAAACUUUCAGACCAAGACCCACUUUCAAUGCCACAAUCUCCAAGCAAGCAAAACCUGUGUAUCAUGAUAACCAUCCCCUUGUUUGAGGUUCAAAUCCGUUGACCUCAAGCUCCAUCUUCCAUCACCAAAAACAACCCAUGGCAGAUCCGUUCGUCCCGUCACAUGCCCCCCAUCUCAAAACAUGCACCCGGGGUUACUAACAGUCUUCAGAGGUCGCUCGGCAAUAUCCAGCACAAUCUUUAGCCAUUGGAGAACCAAGUUCACCUGUAACCAACUGAUUCCAAGCCACCAGUAACCUUUUUCAUUUCAAAUCCGUAGGCGUAACCCCUUCCUUCAACCUCCAAGCCUCCACGCAUGACUCGUUCACAUCUGUCCCAGGCCCCACCAACUCAAAACCUGCACCCAGAGCUACUGACCGCCAUUGACGAAGGGGAUAGGAUUUUCCGGCGAGGUCUUCAGCCCUUGGAAAAACGAAGUUUCAAAGCUAGUUCACCAUCAAGAUUCCGGCGAAGGGAAACUCAUACCACCUAAGUGGUAGACAAACUUUUCCAAAAAAGUAACCAUAACACCUGAGACCCGCCAUAGCCAGGAGGGCCUCGGCGGCGGCCACCGUGAGUGGUGGUGCUGUUGACCCGAGGAAAAGCUGUGAGGGAAGAAUCUAGCCGCAAAUGGCUAGAGAGACACUCUCAACUUCCGGCGCAGAUUGUGACUAUUUGUGAAAAGAAAAUCGUAGUUAGUCCACUGUUGAAAAAAAAAAGAAGUGAUAAAAGUGAUAUUUCUUUCCUUUUUAUUCUAUUUGUGAUAAUUUCCCAUAAAAUUAAGACAACUAUUCAGGGAUAGCUAAGAGAUAUAUUUUUUAACGGAAUUAAAAAUUGGAACAACCACUUUCUAUCACGGGCCGGCAGGGUUGUUUUACUUCGGAAUUUGGUCCAAACAAUGCCAGCCUAUGCUAUGAACGUGUUCUUACUACCUCGAGAGUUAUGCGAUGAAAUUGAGAAACUUAUGAAUGACUUCUGCUGAAAAGAAACAAAAUUUGAUAAAAAAGGAAUAAGGUGGAGGCCUUCGGAGCUAAUGUGUAAGCCGAAGGGAGCAGGUAGUUUGGCGCAGUUUAUAUCCUGAG